CGGGGCCGCUGACGGAGGCGCGGGCCGGCGUGUGAGGCCCCGCCGUGGGGGGCGAGGGGCGUCGGUCGGCGGGCGAGAUUCGGCGCGCCGGGCGCUCCCGGGGACCGCCGCCACCGCCGCCGCCAUGUCGGUGCUGGGCGAGUACGAGCGACACUGCGAUUCCAUCAACUCGGACUUCGGCAGCGAGUGCGGGGGUGGCGGGGACUCGGGCCCGGGGCCCGGCGGCGGCAGCGCGGGCCCGCGCGGCGGCGGCAUCGGCGGCGCGGCGGAGCAGGAGGAGCUGCACUACAUCCCCAUCCGCGUGCUGGGCCGCGGCGCCUUCGGGGAGGCCACGCUGUACCGCCGCACCGAGGAUGACUCAUUGGUUGUGUGGAAGGAAGUUGAUUUGACCCGAUUGUCUGAGAAGGAACGUCGUGAUGCUCUGAAUGAGAUUGUUAUUCUGGCGCUCCUGCAGCACGACAACAUCAUUGCCUACUACAAUCACUUCAUGGACAACACGACCCUGCUGAUCGAGCUGGAGUAUUGUAAUGGAGGGAACUUAUAUGACAAAAUCCUUCGUCAGAAAGACAAGUUGUUCGAGGAAGAGAUGGUGGUGUGGUAUCUAUUUCAGAUUGUUUCAGCAGUGAGCUGUAUCCAUAAAGCUGGAAUUCUUCAUAGAGAUAUAAAGACAUUAAAUAUUUUUCUGACCAAGGCAAAUCUGAUCAAACUUGGAGAUUAUGGUCUAGCUAAGAAGCUUAAUUCUGAGUAUUCCAUGGCUGAGACGCUUGUAGGAACUCCAUAUUACAUGUCUCCAGAGCUCUGCCAAGGAGUAAAAUAUAGUUUCAAGUCUGAUAUCUGGGCAGUGGGCUGCGUCAUUUUUGAACUGCUUACACUAAAGAGAACAUUUGAUGCUACAAAUCCACUUAAUCUGUGUGUGAAGAUUGUACAAGGAAUUCGGGCCAUGGAAGUUGAUUCUAGCCAGUAUUCUUUGGAACUGAUCCAAAUGGUUCAUGUGUGCCUCGACCAGGAUCCUGAACAGAGACCCACUGCGGAUGAACUUCUGGAUUGCCCCCUUCUCAGGAAGCGCAGGAGAGAGAUGGAGGAAAAAGUCACGCUACUUAAUGCACCGACCAAGAGACCAAGGUCAAGCACUGUGACUGAAGCACCCAUUGCUGUGGUCACAUCACGGACCAGUGAAGUCUACGUUUGGGGUGGUGGAAAAUCCACUCCCCAGAAACUGGACGUCAUCAAGAGUGGCUGCAGUGCCCGUCAGGUGUGCGCAGGGAACACUCACUUUGCUGUGGUCACAGUAGAAAAAGAACUCUACACCUGGGUGAACAUGCAGGGGGGUACCAAACUUCAUGGUCAGCUGGGCCAUGGAGACAAGGCCUCUUACAGACAACCGAAGCAUGUGGAAAAGUUGCAAGGCAAAGCUAUCCGUCAAGUGUCAUGUGGUGACGAUUUCACUGUCUGUGUAACCGAUGAAGGUCAGAUCUAUGCCUUCGGAUCUGAUUAUUACGGCUGCAUGGGGGUGGACAAGGUUGCUGGCCCUGAAGUACUAGAACCCAUGCAGUUGAACUUCUUCCUGAAUAAUCCAGUGGAGCAGGUCUCCUGUGGGGAUAAUCACGUGGUGGUUCUGACGCGAAACAAAGAAGUCUAUUCUUGGGGCUGUGGGGAAUAUGGACGACUGGGUUUGGAUUCAGAAGAGGACUAUUACACACCACAGAAGGUGGAUGUUCCCAAGACUUUGAUUAUUGUCGCAGUUCAGUGUGGCUGUGAUGGAACAUUUCUUCUUACCCAGUCAGGCAAAGUGCUGGCCUGUGGACUCAAUGAGUUUAAUAAGCUUGGUCUGAAUCAGUGCAUGUCUGGAAUCAUCAACCAUGAAGCAUACCAUGAAGUUCCCUACACAACCUCCUUUACUCUGGCCAAACAGUUGUCCUUCUAUAAAAUCCGUACAGUUGCCCCAGGAAAGACUCACACAGCUGCUAUUGAUGAGCGAGGCCGGCUCCUGACCUUUGGCUGCAACAAGUGUGGACAGCUGGGCAUUGGCAAUUACAAGAAGCGUCUGGGAAUCAAUGUGCUGACGGGACCCCUCAGUGGGAAGCAAGUGAUCAGGGUCUCCUGUGGCGAUGAGUUUACCAUCGCCGCCACGGAUGAUAACCACAUUUUUGCUUGGGGCAAUGGUGGUAAUGGUCGCCUGGCAAUGACCCCCACAGACAGACCACAUGGCUCUGAUAUCUGUACCUCGUGGCCUCGGCCUAUUUUUGGAUCUCUGCAUCAUGUCCCAGACCUGUCCUGCCGGGGCUGGCACACCAUCCUCAUUGUUGAGAAAGUAUUGAAUUCCAAGACCAUCCGUUCCAAUAGCAGCAGCUUAUCCAUCAGAACUGUGGUACAGAGCUCUGGCCCAGGAAGCGGCGGUGGGGGAGAAGAGGAAGACAGUCAACAGGAAUCGGAAACUCCUGAUCCGAGUGGAGGCUUUCGAGGAACAAUGGAAGCAGACCGAGGAAUAGAAGGUUUAGUCAGUCCCACGGAGGCCGUGGGCAUCAGCAGUGGGGCCAGCAGCUCCUGUCCAGGCUGGCUUCGAAAGGAGCUGGAAAAUGCUGAGUUCAUCCCCAUGCCCAACAGCUCGUCUCCCCUCAGUGCAGCCUUCUCGGAGUCUGAGAAAGACACCUUGCCCUACGAAGAGCUCCAGGAACUGAAAGUGGCCUCAGAGGCGCCCUCAGAAAACAAGCCCGCAGCCGGGGCCUGGCCGCCUCGGCUGCCUGCUGCGGGGACAGGUGCCAGGAAGGGCGUGCCGGCACCGCCGUCUCCGUGCGCCUGCAGCACUCUGCAGGCGGAGGUCGAGAGACUGCAGGGGCUGUUGCUCAAGUGUCUGGCUGAACAGCAGAAGCUCCAGCAAGAAAACCUCCAGAUCUGUACCCAGCUGCAGAAGCUGAACAAGAAUUUGGAAGUGGGGCAGCAGGUGGGGAUGCAUUCCAAAGGAACGCAGACAGCAAAGGAAGAAAUGGAGAUGGAUCCAAAGCCUGACUUAGAUUCCGAUUCCUGGUGCCUCCUAGGAACAGACUCCUGUCGACCCAGCCUCUAGUCUCAUGAGCCUGUGUAGCCUCCAGGAAACUGGGGCGCAGAGAACUUCACAGCACACUUACUGAAUGCAGAGCGCGCUUUCCUGGCUUUGUUCACUUGCAGACAAGGAGCGCGAGGCGGAGGGUCUGGAGCACUUUCCACAGACACUGGGAGAGUGGCGUUGCCUUUUAGCUAGGAUCUAGGAGUGGUUUUGUUUGGAGGAUGGAAGGGCCCCGUGGCCCUGGCUUUGUCCUGACUGCCAUAGCAACAGCAGCUCUGUACCUCAUCUGGGACCCCACCUUUGAAGAGGAGACACAAUGCUCACUUUAAUUUCACUGGUAGCAGCUUAUAUCCCAUUCAUCAUUUCACCAUUACCUGGAAGCUGCCUCGGGGAUUCAACACCAGGCAUUGCACCUCUGGGUGGAGGAGGGAAAGUGUGAAGCUGAAAUGGGCUGGAACCAAGCCUGGCUCGCUCAGGGUCCCCCGGAGAGUGGUCAAAGGGCUCAGAGCCCUCUCGGGAUCCCUGAGUACAGGAAAAGGUGUCUGUGUAGUCGAUCUAGAAAGUUCAGUCACUUCAUGCAGCUCCAUGCUUGAGGGGGAAAGUGGGCUUAGCUUUCCCUCUGAGGGCUGACUGAAAUGUCUUCAGUAAGGAGUAGAGGGGAAAGGACAGGGCCCUCCACGUCCCAGAGCUGGAGUUUCAGGCUGUGGCCAGUACAGGGUAAGCUUGUCUCGCUGUGGAAGAGACCUAAGAGAUGAGGUGUCUGAUAGGAAUUGAGUCAGUGGGGUUUUAACAUCCAGGUUUUUAGGAGAAAGAAAAACAUGAGGGAGAAGAGGUCCCCUUUGGCUGCCUUUACUGGAAGGCCUCGGGUGACAGAGCCUUCUGCCCACCCGUCACCUUCAGGCUCCUGGAGUUUGGGUAGCAGCUGGCCCCAGCCACUCCCUUCCCAUAUGUCUAGUCAGUAUUUUUCCCCUUUCGGUGUUUUAUGAAGCCGUAUCAGUGAGUUUGUCUCAUUUUUCCUCCAUGAGUAGCCUAAAGCCAGCACCAAACCCUGGUAGUCCAGGAAGCCUCGCUGAACAGGUAGAACCUGCCAAGUGAAAGAAAAGAACCUGGCCGAGAGCUCCCCUCUGUGCCCGUGCUGUCGUGUCCCGGUAGGCAGGAGCGAGUCAGCUUUCCAAAGGGAGCAAUAGUGUCCUAGAAGAAUAGAAUUUCUUCCAGUUGAGGCCAGUGUUAAGGAUGUGAGCUGUGUUUCACCUAGCCUUAUGAAAUGUUCUUUUCUAUAAGACGUGCUUUGGUGAAUCUCACAUCCUCUCUCCUUAAAUGAAUUUUUGUUUCAUUUUCCCAUACUUAAAAAAAAAAGUAAGUUUGGGAAUAUGUUCAACAUUUUCAAAGAAUGUGCUAUGAAAUUUCAGCCAUUUCUCUAAAACUGGUAGAGUAAAGGCAGGUGCUUGGGGGAAACUCAUGGCUGGGAUGGGCAACUCUGUUCAAUGGGAUCUUUUUGGUUUGAUGUUCCCAUUGUUUUCUCAAUUCUGGGAAGCCUAGUACAAUGGUACUAAUGUAAUCACUGAAGCCUUUCCUUAAAAUAAGGGAAGGGCCCAACCCUGUAGAAAGGUGACAAGUUCUGGGGACGUGGGAGUUUGCUAUACACCCUGACAGUGGGUUCCGGUUCAUCAUGUGAAUGCAACUUUGACUCUUGUGAGGACUUAAUCAUUGAAGGCCUUUCCUGUUCUGUAGCCCCCAUGCUCACCAUCUCAGCAGGCCUGAGAGGCGGGGGCCCUGUGGGUCUAGCUGACACGCACUGACCCUGCCGUGGACCUGCGGAACGCAAAAGGGGGAGCACGCUGCUCAGGGCCGGGGUCAUCCGCCAGCAGCAGAGCGCAGUGGUCAUGCUCGCUAGCAUGUUCCCCUGGGAAGUCUAGGUUUACUGUUAAUCUGGCUGAGAAUAUAAAUUCUGUGCCUUUAGAGACAGUUUGCACUUUGAUUGUGCCUGACACGGCUGUAUGAUAUUUCCCACCAAACAGCUAUGCAAACAGGAACCAAUUCAAAGGUGGCAGUGGAUAAAGUGUGAGGCAGCAGAAAUGCCUUUGAGUGGUUUUCUGUCAUCACUCAUUCUCUUAUAUUUUGUCCUGUUUUCUUUUCCUUAUGCGAAGUGUUUUAAGUUUUCCAGUAGUAAUGCUUUUUUGAGUUAAAGUAUAACCUGAGAUACCCCUCUGCUCUGACACUGUUGCCACAGAAGCAGCUUACUGUGAGCUAGGCUAUUUGAAAGGUUGAAGGUAAAGUGGUUUGGCAUUUCUGUUUUAAAUAAACGUUUAAACUCUCAA